AUGGCAAGUGUCAUGUCAAAUAAUAAUAGCGACAAUAAUGCCAGUUAUAUGUUUACGAACCCCUUGUCCAGUACAGGAGGUGGUCUCAUAAAUGAAAUAAAAGAUGCAAUAAAUGAAAUGGAACAAUUAAAGGUUUUAGAAUUAAAGCAAAUAUGCAAAUCUUUGGAUUUAGCGAUAACAGGCAAAAAAGCUGUCUUGCAAGACCGAAUAAAACAAUUUUUGAGGAAAUCCUGUGAUAUUGGACAUAUAGAUCCGUGGAGGCCCAAGGCUAUAAAGAUUCUUAUUGCAAAAGUAAAGAUAAACUCAUCGUUACCCAAAUACUCUACCCUCUGGGAAACUUUGAAGACGGGUGCGUUCAAGCAUCCUGUAGCAUCAGGCCAACUACCCGUGACAGCUCUCCAAGGUACUGUGUUACGGCCUCUUUCCCAACAACAAGCUUUAGCAUAUUCCUUUACCUCACCGUUUUACAAGCCCAUAGUACAAAUACCGGAUGCCAAUAAGAAGCUGAAGCAAUCUGCAGGAAGGGGUUGCACAAAGAUGAAAUUCAAAGUAAGCAAAUCUAAUCAUGAUCUUUUGAAAUCUAACAAGAGUUAUAAAUUAUAUUUGUUUUCCGGAUUUUCAAUACCGUUUAUAUAUGAAACUGUGGGUCAUGAGGCAAUAGAUUUCCCAUAUCCCUGUGAACUAGUGUUUAAUGGCACUAAGUUAGAGGACAAUGUGAAAGGUUUAAAGAAACAAAAUGGGACAGGCAAUCCCGCAAAUUUGACGCCUUACCUUAGAUCGCCAAUAGAGAUGAAUCAACUAGACUUGCAUUAUCUCAAUAUCGAUAAGGAGUAUUCUAUAAGUUGCUUUAUAGUGGAAGUUUUUUCACCUGAACUUCUUCUGGAAAACAUUCUUAAAAGGCCUAAAAUUAUUAAGCAAGCCACCAUAGCAUACAUCAAAAGAACCUUGAAUGAGCAAGAUGAUGAAGAUAUUAUAACCACUUCCACGGUGUUGACUUUGCAGUGUCCCAUAUCGUGUACAAGAAUGAAGUAUCCGGCGAAGACCGAACAAUGCAAGCAUAUCCAAUGUUUUGAUGCUCUCUGGUUUCUUCACUCCCAGUCACAAGUCCCUACAUGGCAGUGUCCAAUUUGCCAACACUCUAUAAAAUUCGAUCAGUUGAAGAUUUCCGAAUUUGUCAACAGCAUUAUCCAAGGUUGCAAAGAAGAUGUUGAACAAGUUGAGAUAUCUGUUGACGGCUCAUGGAAACCAAUUCAUGAAAGUUCAGCGGUUAUUACGGAUGAUGUUAACCAAAACCAUAGUGUGAAAAGCGAGAACCAGGGUACCGUCAAACAAGAGCAAGAUUACGACAGCAGAAACGCCUUCGACAUCAAUUUGCAUGAUGGCUCGAACCACAACGAACCCGAAAUAAUUUCUCUGGAUAGCUCAGAUGAUGAAGUCUUUGUGCCGGUUGGUAAAAACUUCACAACGAAUGAGAACCCUCAUACUGAACAAUUAAGGGCAGACGUAUUUCCCUCAGAAUCAGAAGGAUCCAGUGACUACAACCCCAAUCAUACAUCAACACCGAAAGGUUCUCCUACUAUGGACCAAAACCAGUAUCAAGAUGAUUUUCAGAUGAGAUCAUUCUUGAAUCAAGGUAUGAAUACAAAUAUAAAUGACACACCUACAAACAAUAGCAGUAUUAACUCUUUUGUUACAGCGACAAAUGGUGACAGCAGAAUAUUCUACAACAGAGGGCCAUCAACGCCGUUAUUACCAACUGCUCUACAAAAUUUGACUAAUCAAACAGAAGCGCAGAGGAAUCUGUACGGAUCAAAUUACAAUAAUACAGCACAUGAUCAUAAUAUUUUGGGAAUAGAAGGUGAUUUGCCUCCAAUCCCCCAUGUGGACGCAAAUUCAGAAGCAGAAACUGAAGUACCGACAAGGGUCAUAUCAGCGGCACAACUCCCUCCAUACAUACACGUGAGCACCAGUGGUCAUGGCGAUGAUGGAAAAAUUAGAAAGAGAAGGCAUUCUAAUGUUUCCAUUUACAUUCCGAAGAAUCCGUAUGCCACGCUUAUGAAACGGAGACCACAAGCAAAUCAUGCCAUAAUGAAUAAAACACUGGCACAACCUAAUGACUUUAACGCACCGACUCAAGAUAACUCAGAAGUGGUUGAUUUAACAUCAGACUGA